CAGCGACACUAGAGCGAACUAGAGCAAUAUCCUGCUCCUCUAUAGAACACUUCAUCCUGCUUCUCUAUAGAACACUUUAUCCUGCUGCUCUAGAACACUAUCCUGCAACUCUAUAAACACACUAUCCUGCUGCUCUAGAACACAAUAUCCUGCUUCUCUAGAACACACUAUUCGGCUACCCUAAACACACUAUCCUGCUGCUCUAGAACACUUAUCAAUAACAUGAUUCAAAUUGCCCUCCUUCUACUCGUCGCUAUCGCCGCAGCACAGGCGGAGAGCGACUGCUUGCAGGCGGUGAUGAAAAUAAAAAAUAUGAACUACCGUGAAUGUGCUGCACAGCACGGAGAUGAAUUGGCCGAGGCGAGCAAGAACCCGGUCUGCAAGCUCCUCAAUCCCCUGAGCUGGUACGACAUAGAUUCCUGCGACCACAUCAGAGCCAACUUUUUCAGAUGCGUGGCUCAGACGAAUGGAUAUCUGGCAGCGGAUGGCACAUUCGACGUGGAAGGCUUCAAAGCCAACGUCCUGGGCCACAAGUGCGACGAUGACAUCAACUUUGAUAAAGCCAGCCAAAACUGUGUGCAGCUCACGGACUACUUGAACCCCAUCACGUACGGCCGAUGCGUUGCCACACACCUACAAAGCGCGAGUGAACAACGCUGCCGUGAAAUGCAGCGGUCUGGCGCUAAGCAACGCUGCUGUGGAAUGAACCAAGGCAAAGUAGCGGAGCAACGCUGCUGUGGACCUUGCUGAACAACGCUGCUGUGGACCUUGCUGAACAACGCUGCUGUGGACCUUGCUGAACAACGCUGCUGUGGACCUUGCUGAACAACGCUGCCUUGAAAUAAACUCUACUGAACAACGCUGUGGUAAAGUGAACUCU